UGGGAAGACCCUGGGCGCACUGAUAACGGCGGUGAUGACAAACGACCCCAUAGACACGAAUAACCUCCCCUCCCUGUGGGCGGAGCCUUGGGUCUGCAUCAUAAUGCCAUCAGCACAGCGGCUUCACAAAGAGACGAAGUAGAAACGCUCUGGCCUGCACCGCUACUUUUCCUGCCGCUACACAUCCUGUCCCCACUGUGCAGAAAGCAGCACUGGACUCAAGUUUAAUCGAAAUGAAAUGGAGAGGAGAGACAACUGAAAAGAGCAAAAUGUCCAGAUGACAACAACUAUGCUGACAUAGUUAAUCAGUUAUCAAUUCACCGCCACUUUCUUCCUCCUGCUGUCACCACCUACCAUCUUUUAUCGAGCCAUGUUGGUUAGGAGGAAGCUUUGUGUCGUUGUAGCGAUUGCUGCCGUUCUCCUCCUAAUGCUCGCAAGCCAGAGCAUGCAAAGGAGACAUAUCCUACCACCAAGAGCCCACCUCAACAGCAGGGCCACAGCCUCCAGCAGAGAGACGGUGGUUGAGCCAACAGUGGCUCCUGCUGUCCUGACUCCUGCCCCUCCUCCUCCCAGCACCAUGCGCCCUGAGGCUGAUGUAGAAGAAAUGGAGGAGGAAGAGGAAAUAGAAGUGGAAGAAGAGGAGCAGCUUGUAGAGGACUUCCAGUACCUUAAGCCGUGUGAUUGCUCAGAGUCCUGUGUUUCAGACCUCAAAGGGUCUGCAUGGUUCAGCCAACACUACGACCCCAACCAGCAACCCAUUCUACGUGCCAAGAACAACAACUUUGAUGCUGAUGCACUUGCAUGGUGGUUGGGUCUUCAGCGAUCUGAUAAUGACCAGACUUUAGAGGAAGUGAUGAUCAAAAUGUUUCAGGUCAUUUCUCCACCCACUGUGGAGACCAGGAGGGUCCCCACACGUUGCCGUACAUGUGCAGUUGUCGGCAACUCGGGCAACCUGCAGGGAUCCGGACACGGCAAAUUAAUAAACUCGCACAGCUUCAUUAUUCGAAUGAACAAGGCAGUAACUCGAGGUUUCGAGAAGGAUGUCGGGAAUAGGACAACGCAUCACUUCCUGUACCCAGAGAGUGCUGUGGAUGUGGAUCAUGGAGUCAGCCUCGUCCUGCUGCCAUUCAAGCUGAGGGAUCUGGAGUGGCUGACCAGUGCAUUGUCAACCGGCCAUAUCAAAAUGACUUACAUGAGGGUUAAAGACAGAGUGAAGGCCGAUAAAGACAAGGUUCUGGUGGUGAAUCCAGUCUUCUUUAAUUAUGUCCAUGAUCGUUGGACAGACCAUCACGGUCGUUACCCGUCCACCGGCAUGCUGGCUAUCAUCUUCGCUCUUCACACUUGUGACCAGGUGUCAGUGUUUGGUUAUGGUGCUGACAAGCUGGGGAACUGGCAUCACUACUGGGAGGAUAACCGCUACGCUGGAGCCUUCAGGAAGACUGGGGUCCACAGUGCCGACUUUGAGACCAAGGUCAUCCACACGCUCGCCAAGGAGGGCAAGAUCAAGCUCUACCUUUAAGGCCCACCUGAAGGCUGAAGGAUCUGGCACUGGACAACUAAAUCUGAGCCAGAUAUGGGCUGCAUAUGCUUUUUUUACCUUUUUACUUUAGGAAGAUGUGGACAGUAAUCAGAUUGCUGUUUUGUUUCUCUUAUCCAGUAUCCUUCAUUAGCUGCUGGUUUGUUUUUUUAGUCACCUGUUGAUACAGGCAUGAAAAUGAACUGGCUUAAGGUAACAAACCUGGGCAACCAUCAGAGAUAUUUACAGACUCCUGCUGGUUUAAAGAAGUUCAACUUGAACAAUCAGCCUUUUCUGAUCCCUUUACUGACUGUCCUGCCAUUGGUGACUGAUAGGAAUGACCACAAUAACUUUUGCUCUGAACAGGAAUCAACCACCGACUUUUUUUAUAUAAACUUUUGUAUUGGAUUCUGUAGACACUAUAAAGGGUUAACCUCUUCCUUUUAUUAUUAAAAGCACUUUGUAAUAAGGAGGAAAUAUAGGAUAAAGGUAAGCUGAUCGCUUUUGCUUACCAAACACACAAAAACAUGGAUAGAUUUGUUGGGACCCCUGUUUAGGGGUGUAAAAGCCAUGAAAUAAAUUAAUCUUUAAUUGCUAUAGCAUGAUCACAGUCUGAAACCGAGACGUCUGGCCAUAUGUUAUAUGUAUAAACCCAAUGACAGUCUAUUUUUAGAUUAGUGGUAAACAGCAACAAAUUAGUUAGGAGAUGGACUGCAGGGAAUAUUAGUAUUGGCAUGCACUCUAUCAAGGUUCCCAGUGUGUUUCCAGGGUCUUCGGUGGAGAAACAGGCCCCUAGUAUCUCACAUCCUUUACCAUACUUAACAGUUAGCAUUAAGUUCUCUUCCACAUCUGUUUUCUUUGCUUCACACCAAGUGUUUGUUGCAGAAAAAUCCAAUCUUUCUCUCGUCUGACCAAAGCACACAGUUCCAGUUAAUCUGGCAUGUAGAUGUCGUCUGGUUGUUAUAAAGACUUGGUCACCGCAAGAUGUCUGUCAUGCAGCUGCAGUUCACUCUAACCAGUGAGCUUUGGGGGUCAUGCUGAUGCAAUUAAAGAUUGAUUUACUUUAAGGAAUUUUACUCCCCUUUCCCAUGGGCCCCAUUAAAUCUGUCUGCCUCUGUAAGAAGACUUCCAGGGUCUUGUAUCAUUUAUAAUUCUUCCAUUUUCUUUACCCGGAUUUUAAAACCGUCCUGCUCUGUAAAGUCAUAACCGGAAGGAAAACUGCAUUCAUCAUCAAGCUUUUUUGUUACAUUUUAUUUUUUUGUGUUUGGUUAACCGUUUAAGUUUAAAUGGUAAUUGGGAGCCCUGCAGGUUUUUUGCUCAUUUUUACCUUGGGUAACAACAGGUUUCUCCGGAAAGUCAUGAAAGAUAUCGGGACAUUGUCUUCCAGCUGGUCACAAUAAGCAAAAGCAAUGACACAAUGACAGAUGAAGAGGUGAUAAAACAGUCUUGUACUUCUACGGCAUGAUACAAACAGAUGCAAUUAUAGCAACAGAAUAUGUUUUGUUGUCUUUUAGUAAUCCAAUCAGAGACAUUAUGAGCCAAAUGGAACAUCAUGUUUCCUCCCCUGGUCAUAGUGACAACCUUGAAGAAGACCAACAUAACUUGAAAGAUUUAUUUAAUAAAACCUGACCAAUGACAGGUAACAGUUGUGGAUUGCAUGGAUGACAUGAAAAUGGAUCGCAUUUGGUGGUUCAACCAAAAAAGGAAGCCCAGGCAUUGGGAGAGGCACCGCCCGGUUCAGGUAACAAUGACAGGUGCUGCGCCUGCAGAGUGAAUGUACAAAAGAAAAAUCUGAUGCUGAUUGUCUCAUAUAAUCACCUGAAUGUUUGUGUCUUGGUUUACACUAUGAGGAUGUUUGUCAGAGAUCCCUCACUGUCGAUAUAUCUGCUUUCAACAGUGCUUUUUUGUUUGUUUUAAUUUCUGUUCUUUCUAUGAAAAAGACAACCAACAGUGACUGAGCAUUAGAAAUGGAAGGCGUUUUUAAGUGCGUUUAAUGUUACGUUGCACAUGCACAUUAAAAUAAAUCACAUCUAUGUUGUGUAAUGGCAUUUACACUGAAAGCUGCAUAGGAAAAAUGCCUAUAUUUUCUAAAGUUUUCUUUUUUUGUACUAAAGUGAGAAAUUUUUUAAUGUUUAGAAGAUAAAGUAAGAAAUUUACCUGAUCUUUGUUAUUAAUGAAACUAGUCAAAUAAUUUGCAAAAAUUAAAAAAUUAUACUCAAACUGAUCUUUUGCAGACUCAGCUUGAGUGUAAUCUGAAUUUUGGAUGUUUAGAUGUAUUUUUUUUUUUUUUUUUUUUUACAUCACCUACUGUAAAACUGUCACCUUCCUGAAAAUGUCAAGAUUGUGUGAAAACACUCAGACUAAUGCUGGCUGAGAUGCUCCAUCUACUUCAAACAAUGUUGUUCUCCUUGAGAACAUUGGUAGUCUACCCAAAGAGACCGCCUGUGGUCUUUAGAUAUCUUCUUUACAGCUCCAGAAAUCUGCUGCAGUUAUUUUAAUUGUUUUGUUUUUCAAGCAGAUGGAGAACUCAGAAAUAAUUGUAAUGCUGGAGGUUCAUCUGAGAGCUGUUGCUCUGUCACUUUUACCAAUUCUUUUAUUUUUAUUGAUUGCUUAUAUCCUAACGGCAGCAUUGCCUAAGUCCUUAUUUUAACCUGCGGGUUGUUUUAAAUAUUUCCCUUGACUUUAACACUUUGCUUUGUCGCAGAAAACUGCUGCCAAUAAAAUGGAAAACGAGCCAUUCUUGCAGUUUUUAGACACCUAAUGACAGAGCUGCAGGCCUGAGUGUCAUUUAACAUCUGGACUCCAUCUUUACAGCCAAUAUGUUAAGCUGUUGUAAGCAGAUAUACUUUACUAUGCUUAAAGCAUUUUUGUGACUUUGAUUUCAAAUUUGUGCUCGAGGAGUUUAUAUGGUUGGCUUAAUUGUACAAAACUCUGAUUAUUAUCUUUUUUUCCUUUCAUAAAGGUCCGUAUGUGAUGAAGAGAUUUAAUCCAAAGCACCCGAUGUGUUCAGCUUUAAUUAGGCUCAUCAUGUUCAGUAUUAGAUUUCCUUUCACACACCAGUUUACGAUCAGCAAGAUGUUGAUGCCAAACUGAUGGGAGCACAGCACAGGUUCUGCUAAGACUGCAGAAAACGUGAACCUACCACUGUCAAUUGAAAUUAAAUAAAAGCAAAUCAAACCAAAGUAAAGCUGGUUUUAUUCUAUUAAAUACGAUAGUAAGUUUUUAAAUUGGUACGGUCACAGCCUUGUGUUUUCCUUCAUUAUUUUUGUAAUUUUAUUGAAAUAUGUUUUAAUUGUUUAUUUUUUGCCACCACAAAUAAACAGUAAUAGCCUGAGUUAAUGUAACCUGCAA